AUGUCAGACCAUAGUAGUCACGGUGAUUCUGACGGACCUGGAACUAAUUUUCACGCGCCGCUCUCACAUUCGAUUCCUAAACUAAAACCUUUUGGGACAGCCAAAAAUUGUGCACGCUGCGGUAAAAAGUUUUCUUUGAUAAGGCCAAAAUACCAUUGCAAGAAUUGUGGGAACGUUGUCUGUCAUCGUUGUUCUGAAAAUCGUGUGGAGCUUUUAAAGUUCGGUUACUUAAAUGGUCCAACGAGGGUUUGUGAUUUAUGUUGUCAGGCUUUGAGAAUAUCAUCAAUGAGUCGCAAUGAACUAUGUGUUUUGCCAGUUAAAACUCUACGAGAAUUCAUUGCGGCAUUUGAUCUUCCAUCCAAAAAUAUCAUUGAAAAAAACGAUAUAAUUGAUAUUAUUAUGUUACAUCGACCUAUGCCUGAUCGCAAUGAA